AGCAAAAAGAUUCGGCAAGGUCAAGUCGGGUGUCGGACGAGGCAAAAGAAGUUGAGGUGGCUGGAAGUGGAUAUAUCAGUGGGAGUGGCGCGUCGAUGGUGGCUCUAUUUCCGUUCCCUUGCUCGGUUGCCGUUGUAUUUUUGCUGGGACCGACUGGGGCUUUGUUUAUGCUGCCCUGGCGAAAUCCAAAGAAAGAAAUGUGUUUGGACAGGAAGGUAA